AUGUGGCGUUCUGUUGUUACAUGUGUACCUGUUCAAAUCAAACCAAUAUCAAAACGAAGUCAAUAUUCUAUUGAAGAUUUACAAACAUUACAACAAGAACAAUUACUUCAAGAAUCAACAAGUUAUAAUCGACAAGUAUUACCAAAUAUUCGACCAAUACCAAAAUCAAAAUUUGUUUAUAAAGGUUUAGCAUAUAAAGAAGUACAAAAAAUUCCUGGUAUUAUUCAUGAUAAUAAUGAUGAUCAUAAUAUAGAUGUAUUUAAAAAACCAUUAAUUAAUUAUAAUCUUGCUCAAGCUUAUGUUCGAUAUGAAGUAAAUGCAUCACGAACAAAACAAAUACCACGACAACCACCAUCAUCAACAAUAACAACAGCAACAACUGCAAAAUCAAAUAUAAAAGAUCAACAACUUCUAAGAAAUCAAACAUCACUUGAUUUACGUGAAAUGAGAAAACGUAUUGUUAAAGGUACAACUCUUAGUUAUCGUCCUGCACCACAAUCAGCAUCAUGGACACCAGGUCGAGCUGAUAAUAAAUCAUCAUUAGGUUCCGAGGUACUUUUACCUACACAAUAUAUAAGCACAAAUACAAAUUUUCGUCCAUCAACAUCAAAAUCAUCUAUUCCACAAAAACAAACAACUGCACUUGAAAUGCCUAUUUUAAUUAAAUAUGUUAAACGGCCCCGAAGUAUUACACGUCGGACACCAACACCCGAACUUGUUGCUAAUGAAACAUAA